AUGACACUAUUUCCGGUUUAUUGUGAUAAUGGUUGGAUAGUUGUACAGCGACGCAUAAAUGGCAGUGAGAACUUUCAUCGUAAUUGGAGAGCCUAUAAGGAAGGCUUUGGCAAUGUGCGUGGCGAGUUCUUUAUAGGACUCGAAAAGCUCCAUCAUUUAACGACCAUGCGUACACAUGAGCUGAGAAUUAUACUCGAGGAUUUUUGGGGCAAUGUGCGCCAUGCACAGUACAGCGAGUUUCUUAUAGGCGAUGAAAACGAAUCCUAUGAGCUGAAGCAGCUGGGUGAAUAUUCUGGCAAUGCGGAUGAUGCCUUGAGAUCGCAUAAACAUGCAAAGUUCUCCACGCCAGAUCAUACUGACCAACUUCGGCAUUGUGCACAGAUUUAUAAAGCGGGUUGGUGGUUUAAUGAUGAUUGCUAUCAAUGGUAA